AAUAUAUAAAUAUGGGUGCUAGAAGUUAUAUGUCACUCAUGACAACAAAUCAACAGUCAACAAAUAGCUGUUCUAAUUAAGGAUUCACUGCCUAAAUGUUAGUACGGAUGAUUGUGAAAUUCAAGUCGACAAAACACACUCAGAUUAUAUUCCUAGGGAAUAAACACAUUCAAAUUGAUUAGCGUGGUCCAUUUUGGGGGCUGUUAACGUGCUAAAAUGUGGAAAUUCGGGCAAAAAGGUAAAAACAACAACAACGUGGAACUCUACCGGUCCACCUUAAAAUGUGACGUCUUCAUAGAGCCCCGCCUCCUGUGAGAAGAACGGAAGUAGAUGGAAACAGGCAGGCCAGACAGCAAAAAUACGUCUGUCGCUGGGGAGACAAACACCAAUAAAAUAUUCGACCCUGGUGUUUGUUCUUUAAUUUGAAAGUCCGAAUGGUGUGGAAGUAAAAAAUACAUCAACAUGGUACACAUCUGGGAGCAUCUCUCGCCGACUCCGAAACUACGGGUGUCACUUUUCGCCUUUCUUCUCUUUCUUGUUGUCUCCCUUGGUGACGCCAGCCUGCACCGGACACGAAGAGUCAGCCACUCGACGGAGGAAACGGUAGAGACUUACAACAAAUACUACAAUUAUGUUGACCUAACCGGGCUUUUACAGUCCUUAGCCCAGAAAUACCCUCACAUAGCCAACCUGUCGAGCAUAGGUCAGUCUGUGGAGGGCAGGGAGCUCUGGGUGAUGCGGAUCACCAACGAACCCAAAAUAGACACACCGGGGAAACCCAAAUUUAAAUACGUUGGGAAUAUGCACGGCGACGAAACCGUGUCCAGGCAGGUGUUGGUGUACCUUGUGGAGUACCUACUGGCUCAAUAUGGGGUGGAUCCGCGUAUUAAUGAGCUGGUGAACACCACGGAUAUUUACAUCAUGCCCAGCAUGAACCCUGACGGCUUUGAGAAGUCCAGAGAGGGGGACUGCAGCGGCGACAACGGGGGUCGAAAUAAUGCCCAAAAUAAAGACCUCAACAGAAGCUUUCCUGACCAGUAUGAUGGGACGAGUGUCAAUCCAGAUAAUAUCCCCGAGGUCAUGGCUGUGAUCAGAUGGAUCAAGGAGAAAAAAUUCGUGCUGUCAGGGAACCUGCAUGGCGGCACUGUGGUUGCCAGUUACCCUUUUGAUGACUCAGCCUCCCACCAGCGGCAGGGCCACUACAGCCAGUCAGAGGACGACAGUCUGUUUCGCUACUUAGCCCUGGUGUAUUCCCAGCACCACUCUAUGAUGAGGACUGGUCAGCCGAACUGUCCCGAUGCCAUGGAUGAAACUUUUAAAGAUGGCAUCACCAAUGGGGCGCAGUGGUAUGACGUACCUGGAGGGAUGCAAGACUACAACUACCUCUAUGGAAACUGUCUGGAAAUCACCAUGGAGCUGAGCUGCUGCAAAUAUCCUCCUGCUGCAGAGCUCCAUAAGGAAUGGGAUCUGAACAGGGAAUCCCUACUAGCCUACAUUGAAAAGGUCCAUAUAGGUGUUCGUGGCUAUGUGAAAGAGGCCAUCAAUGGCACUGCUCUCCCCAAUGUCAGCAUUGUGGUGUUAGGCAUUCGCCACAACCUGACCACAGGAAGCUAUGGGGACUACUACCGCCUCCUACUCCCAGGAACAUACAACAUCACAGCUGUGGCCACGGGGUACACAUCAAUGACAGUCCACAGUGUCCAGGUCAUGGAGGGCAAAGCCACAGAACUUAACUUUACAUUGGCACCUGUGGUCAGUGAGGCUGCAGGUAGCUCCACUGUGACUACAGACUCAAUGCAAUCCACCAAUGACACAAACAUCUCUACCAGCGCUACCAACUCCACCCAGACCCAGGUGGUUCCUUCUGAGGGAAACAAGAACAGCCCUUCUUUGCUUCCUCCUGAACACCAGCCCAUCCAGCCCCAGGAAUUUCGUCACCACAACUACGCAGACAUGGAGCUGUUCUUACGCAAGUACAGCAGCGAGUUCCCCUCUAUUGUCCAUCUUUACUCAGUUGGCCGCUCCGUGGAACACCGUGAGCUUUAUGUGAUGGUCAUCUCAGACAACCCCACUGUCCAUGAGCAUGGUGAGCCAGAGUUUAAGUAUGUAGCCAACAUGCAUGGUAAUGAAGUGGUGGGCAGAGAGUUAUUGCUGAACCUCAUCGAGUACCUGUGCCGUAACUAUGGUACUGAUCCAGAGGUCACUAAGUUGGUCAACAAUACCCGCAUUCACAUCAUGCCUUCUAUGAACCCUGACGGAUAUGAGGUAGCCACUGAAGGUGAUGUAAAGGGCUACAAAGGACGCAACAACAGCAACAAUUUUGACCUGAACCGCAACUUCCCAGACCAGUUUACCAACAUCACAGAGCCCAGACAGCCAGAGACUAUAGCUGUGAUGAACUGGCUGAAGAGCAUCCCCUUCGUCCUCUCAGCCAACCUCCAUGGAGGUUCCUUGGUGGUCAACUACCCCUAUGAUGAUGACAAAAAAGGGACAACUCAGUAUAGCCAGUCACCUGAUGACAAAGUCUUUCAGCAGGUGUCUAGAGCCUUCUCACAGGAGAACCCCCUGAUGCACAAUGGACACCCUUGUGAAGACCUGUACCCUGGUGAAUAUUUUGAGGAUGGCAUCACCAAUGGUGCCAACUGGUACAAUGUUCCUGGUGGCAUGCAGGACUGGAACUACUUAAACACUAACUGUUUUGAGGUGACCAUCGAGCUGGGCUGUGUGAAGUACCCCAUGGCCAAGGACCUGCCCAAAUACUGGGAACAAAACCAACGAGCCUUGCUUCAGUUUAUGCAUCAGGUCCACAAUGGAGUAAAGGGCACAGUCUCUGACAUAAGCGAUGGUACAGGAAUUCCCAAUGCCACCAUUAGUGUGGAGGCGAUAGACCACAACAUCACCACGGCUCGUACUGGAGACUACUGGAGACUGCUGGCCCCUGGGACUUACUCUAUCACUGCCACCGCCCAUGGAUAUAAACCUGUGAGUACCUACGCCACAGUCUCAGAGGAUGGAGUAGAGGUGGUGGACUUCAGACUGAAACGUAUACACUCAGACCCUAAUGGCCAAUCUCUCGAGGGCCCCCAACCCACACAGAAUCCAUCUGAGAAGGAGUUCCAGAGCUUAAUCAAGGACCUCUCUCUAGGCCAGGGUUUGGAGCAGCUAGUCAGGAGCACAGCCACUGAAAACAGCUUCCGUUACCGACGUUACAACGAGCUGUCCGGCUUCAUGAGAGGCCUCACACUUAACUUUCCCAAAAUUACGUCUUUACGCAGUUUGGGCCAAAGUGUAGAGUUUCGAACCAUUCGGGCUCUGGAAAUCUCCAACAAACCAGGGGAAGCUGAACCGUCUGAGCCCAAGAUCCGCUUUGUAGCAGGGAUCCAUGGUAAUGCCCCAGUGGGCACAGAGCUGCUGUUAGAGUUUGCUGCCUUCCUGUGUAUCAACUAUGGCAAGAACCCAGCCAUCACCAGGCUGAUCAAUGAGACCCGGAUUGUCAUCGUACCCUCUAUCAACCCAGAUGGACGAGAACAGGCUAUCGAGAAGCAGUGCACCUCCACCCAGGGCUUGAGCAAUGUUCAUGGGAAGGAUCUGGACACAGAUUUCUUUGGCAAUGCGUCACAGCGUGUGGUGGAGGCCCAACCAGAGACCAGAGCGAUGAUGGACUUGAUUAUGGACAAGAGCUUCACUCUAUCUGUAGCCCUCGAUGGAGGCUCCCUUGUUGCUACCUACCCUUAUGACAAGCCUGUCCAGACUGUUGAGAAUGAGGGCACAUUGAAGUACUUGGCAAGUGUUUAUGCCAAUAACCACCCCAAGAUGCACCUCGGGGACACUGGAUGUUCAAAUAAUGGGCAGAUGGGCAACAUUCCAGAUGGAGUUAUGAGGGCAGCAGAGAGACAAAGUCACAUGGGGAGCAUGAAGGACUUCAGUAUGGACUUUGGCCACUGUCCAGAAAUCACAGUGUAUACUGGCUGCUGUGUGUUCCCUCCUGUUGAACAGCUGGCCACACUCUGGGCUGAGAACAAGAAGGCUCUCCUCAGCAUGUUGGUGGAGGUCCAUAAAGGGGUGCGUGGCGUGGUGAGGGACAAGAGUGGAAAGCCUAUUGUUGGGGCGAUCAUUGUACUGAAUGGGGGAGUGAGAGUCUUUACUACAGAGGGCGGCUACUUCCAUGCACUGCUGGCUCCUGGCAACCACAACAUUGAAGCUGUUGCGGAUGGCUACCAGCAACAACGUCAAGAGGUGGUGGUAUCUUCCUAUGAAGCUGCUAGCUCCAUCAUCAUUGAGUUUGACAUGGACAACAGUAUCUUUGGCCUGCCCAGAGAGUUUGUGGUGGCCAGUGCAGCAGCCUCCAUGACAGCAUUGGUGGUGACAGCAUGCAUCAUCUGGUGUGUGUGCGCAGCCAAGUCCAAUCGUCAAAAAGAUGGCUUCCACCGUUUGCGGCAGCACCGAGAUGAUUAUGACGAUGAGAUCCGGCUCACCUCUAUGGGCUCCAAGAAGUCGCUGCUUGCCCACGAGUUUCAGGACGAGAGUGAAAGCGAUGAGGAGACACUGUAUCACAACAAAAUCUGAGAACCGUUGCACUAAUUUGGCUGUUGGCUCAAUAUUUUAUUUUGAUCUCCCCCUUUAAUUUAAUCCCUGUCCAACAAGAAACAGGUUGAACUCUAGGCAGCAUCUCUGUCCCUCUUCAUGACAGAGAUAUGAGAGGGAUAAAGACACUUUGUUCUGUUGUUAUACCAACAAGCUCUGAGGGCUCACUCACAGUCACUCUGUCAGUAGUGCUACUAAAUUAAUACUUAAAGAACAUCCUGCUGGUCCUGGACUGAAGGGUUGGCUUUUUUUACUCCAUCUCUACCUGACUGGAUCGGGACAAGAAGACAAAAAGAAGGUGAUUUAAAAAGAGGGAGAGAGAAAUAAAGGUUUGGUCCACUGUGGACCUUAUCCGUCCAGGUUUUGAGUUCCACAGCUUUUUAAUUUCCGAGCCACGCAAGAGCGCUCCUUCAGACUACUUACUACCUGUCCUGCCCGGCUGAGGGAUUCCAGCCGAUAAGUCCAAAUAAACUCUUGUUUAGUGGAUGUGUAAUGAACUCUGGAUGGAUGUGCUUAAUCUCACACAAUCACCCCACUGAUAUCAUGCAUUUCUUUCAAUACUGCUUUGACCUAGGAAAUUAGAAAUUAUAUCUGUUUCUUUUAUCCAAGACAGCAUUGCCACAUUGAAGUGUCCGGGCCUUCGGGAGACUGAAUCCAAUACUGUGCCUUGGCUUCUGUAAAGUUUACAGUCCAUUCGGGCUGUAGCAUGUGACAGAAAGCAGCAACAUAGUGAAUAGCUUAUACUUGGUCCGUGCUGGAAUUUGAUCCAUCCUAUACUCAGGUGGUAGGAAAAGAGAGAAGUUAUGAUUAAAGGACUGCUGUAUUCCAAUGUUGCACUGUUUCUGCACAGAUGACUCUAGGCUGGCCGGCCUGGGUUCAGUAGUUUUGUAUUUUUCCAGUGAGUCAAUGGUGUGGCCAAAAUCAUAAUAGGAGCGAGCUUCUCAAAAGCUUUCAAGCAUCAAGGCGAAUCUGUUACCAAUGAAAUGCUUGAAUGAAAACCUUCCCAGUAAGUGCAGGGUGCUCUAAUGAAUGCAUGGAGGCCACUUGCAUUAAAUGGAAGGCAAGGAUUGUCUCAUAUCAUUGGUCAGGGGAAAAAACUAUGAAUCUCUAAAUAUGUAAUCAUAAGAAUGUAUCUGUUGUUUUUCCCUUUUUUGUUUUAACUAUAGGUUUGUUGUUGGACAAUUCCAAACUGUCUGUACAUGGAAAGUUACUGCUGACUUUCACGCAUGUCGCAUUGAGCCUGCGCCCUGUUUUUGAUCAAGGAUGUGCAUUCUCAUCCAUGUCUAUAAUUUCACACAAUAAGGAAUAUCAGUUCUGUUUUCAAUUCAAUAUGUUUGUAUUUAUUCCCCCACUAAACAAUGCUUUGGAAUGCAAAAGUCAUACCAGGUUUGUCCGUCCAUUUAUAAUCACUGUCUACAAAUCAACAUCAGACCUACCCAUUCUACAUGAUUUAAAGGUCCGGUGCAAAGAAAUUCUUAUUUUCCAAACUUAUUUUAAAACAAAGGGCAUAUAGAUCAUAAUCCAUUCGACUGUGAGAUGUGGUUGAAAGCUUCGAAAAAGCUAGUAAAGGGACCUUUGAGUUGAGACUUUUGUGACACAAAAGUUACUCCGUAUGCACCUGCCAUUGUGGUGUAAAUUUGACAUUUGAGGUUUAAUAUGCAGUAUGCAGAUACUCAUCGUCCUUCAGCCAGUUGCCAAGGACAAUGAAAAAGAGGCUACUAACAGAUUGCUUUAGUGGCUGUAAAGAGCAACGUAGUCAAGUGUGAAUGAAAUGAUAAUGCAGUAAUUCUCUCCUAUAUUAAAGAAGCUCAUUAGUCAUUGGGUGCAAAUCAAGGGAGCAGGUUGGUGUGCAGACAUCCAAGUAAAGUGGAGAGUUAUUAGAAGAAGAAAAAGCGAGACCUCUGUGUUGGUAAUUCUGUGCCGAAAUGUCCAACAUGGCAUAGAAUUCAACUUUAAGCAUCUUCUAGCAAAUCAGAUUAACUGCCAAAAACCAAAAUUGUGGUUUCCUUUACACCAGAAAUCCAUGUGUAACCAUUCGUAAUGGAAUUAAAAUUGUUGCCCUGGAUCAUUAAAAUCAGGUCCUAAAUUGGGAAUUCAAUGCAUGUUUUUAAUCGCAUACAAAUACGCACUUGUUCACUAAGGAAUUUGCCUUCCAGUUACUUUGAGAAGAGAUUAUUUCCUUCUUUAAACAAAUGCAGCUGUCAUCAGUGAAGUUAAACCUGAUAUCUGUGUAGAGAGACGGUUUUGUAUAUUAUGUUUUCUUCCUCAUACUGUAUCUGUGAAUGUGUGCGUAUGAAUUUUUGAAAGUUGAGCGUGUGUCAGUCACACAGUGUUGGUGAGAAGAUUUUAUAUGAACUGGAAUCAACUGUAAAUGUUUGCCAAUUGUGAUUCAUGUUAACCUUGAACACACUCAACAAAAAAUUUCAUAAGAACCUCUGUGUGACAUGCACAAAAACUCAUGAAACACAAUGAAAUAAAGCAUCUCACAACAUC